AAAUGAACAAUCAUUUGAGAGGAUUGUAUAAAUAUUUAAUAAAUUUCUUGAAAUUUUAUAUAUAACAUACAAAUUGUAUGGAAAAUAACAGAUGUCUUCAAACCCAAGUCAGAGUGUUCAAACGUUGGGUGAAUGUAUUACUGAAACAGGCAAAUGCCAAGGAAAUCAAUGAUGUAUUGGAAAUAUUUACUGAUCAUGAAAAUUUGUAUAAUUUAUGCAAGUACCUAGCAAGUCAAAAAGUGGCAUGUAGUAAACAGACAUUCCCAGAUUAUAUCCCUCACUUGGAACGUGCAAUGACUAUUCUAGAAAAGCUAUAUGGGAAUGAAAUAGCCACUGUUGUUCAGUCAGCUAUCUCUGAAUUUACACAAAACUCAACAGUUGAUUCAGAAAAACUACUUAAGGAAUAUUCACCGAGUUCCAGAACAACUGAAUACAGUUUAUUACUUCUUGGUUUAGAUACGCUAUGGAUUUUAAUUGUUGCUAUUCGAGCUGGAACUGGUCCAUCAACAAACUUAGUUGGAUCAAUUAGUUCAUCAGGUUCGACAAUAACUAAAAGAAGUCAAAGUAUUUCAUCGACUGGUCAUUCAGCGCCAGCUGCUCUUGUAUCAACACGUUCGCCAUGUGUAGAUCGAUGGUUAAUAAGUCAGGAUAAACGGUUACUGGCUUGGUGUAUUGCUGUGACCGAAGGAUAUCCUGGUAUUAGCUUAACAAAUUUUACACAUUCAUGGCGUGAUGGUUUAGCAUUUCUAGCUAUAGCACAUCAAAUUAGGUCGGAAUUGUUUACGUUUGAAUCUCGAUUAGAAAAAACACCAAAUCAAAAUUUAUCACUUGCAUUUCAUUUAGCAACAGCUGAAUUCGCCACUCCAAGACUACUAGAACCGGUGGAUAUGCGUCAUGAGAAUAUUGAUGCUAGAUCGACUGCCGUUUAUCUCUUAGAAUUACGUAAAGCGGUUGAAAGAGAUAGAAAGCGUCGUUCUAGAGGUAUUCUAGAAAUACAAACAGCUGCUAUGAUUCAUGGACAGUCAAAUGAAGAACCAAAUGUUAUAGUCGAAAGUCGAUGUUCACCAACAUCAACAUGUAGUACGUCGGAAACUUCUUGGCUUGAUGAUGAAGUUGAAGGUGAUUCGGAUGACGAAACUGGUGAUAUAAAUCGUCUACCUGAUCCUGAUCAUUUUGGUACAGUAAUUGAAACCACAUUAGCGUGGUUAUUAGCUAUGGAAGAACAAUUUGGGCAAAACGAUCUACAAGAGGAUCCGCGUAAUUUUACGAAUAACAGUUAUACAAUGACUAAAAAUGAUCAGUUACAAUCAGUGCAUAAUGAAGAAGAUAAAAAUUUUAUUCUGCGUCUUCAAAGAGCCAACUCAAAUGAAACAACAUUAAUGCAUGCAGCAAUUUUAAAAAACAUUGAUGAAGCCAGAGAUAAGUUUGAAACACAUGAGGAUUUAACUGCUCAUUUAUCCCGCCGUCAAAUGGCUGUUGGACGAUGUCUACGUCUUGGUAACCGUUUAAUAAAAACCCAUGAAAACUUAGAUAAUAUUCUGAAAAAUAAUGAAAUGUUCAGUCAAAAGGAAUCAAACAGUGUUCGAACUGGUGUUGAUGCUAGCGAUGAAGAGAGUUCUGAGAAUACAGAGGAAAAACAAAGACAAAUAUCUAUACAGCAAAAACUUCGUGAAUUAGAUCCUGCUGUUAUUCAACGACAAACUGUAUUAUUAGCAACAAGAUGGAAUAAUCUAUGUCGUUUAAAUACUGCUGUAGGUAAACGUAUAACAGCAAGUUUACUUAGACGACAAACUAUGCUUUUAAGUGCUAUACGUAUACAGUUAGAUAAAUUGGAAAAUGAGCAAACUCUUCAAUUGAAUCAACAAAUUGGUCCGUCAAUUGCUGAUAUUAAAAAGCAGUUAGAAGCAAAUCGAUGUUUAGAACAAUUAAUUGAAUCUGGUGAAGCAUUGGCAGAACGCUUAGAUAAUUUCAUAACUAUUGUACCACAAAAAGCAACAGAUAAUGAAGAUAAUUAUACGAAUGAACGUGGUAUAGAAAAUGUGAUAGCUGAAUUAGCUACUCGUUGGAGUCGUUUAGUUAGUUGGGUAAAUACACGUUAUGCAUGUUUACAAAAUGUUUUACUAUAUUGGAGACAUUUCGAAGAGGAAGCAAAUGUUUUAUCUGAUUGGUUAGAUGAGCGUACAGACGAAGUGACUAAAACAGUUGCAAAUUUAAUCCCAUCAGUACCAAAUCAUCAUUCGAAUAAUAUAUUAACAAUUUCACAUUCACGACAUAGUUCAUUUGGUAAUGAUGUGGAAUUGAAUGAACAAAAAUUAACUAACUAUAAAUUACUUGAAAGAGCUGGAUCCAGUGGCAGUUCAGUUAUGCAAACACAAGAUAGUAUGGAAAGAAUUACUGUAUCAAAAGAUAAUUUAAAUCGUGAUAGUUUACAACAAAUGGUCUUAAAUCAAAAUGAUGCAGAAAUGGAAGCCAUAGAUGCUUGUUUAUCACCGCACGAAUCCCGGUGGGCACAACUACUCGCCAGCUUAGAUCGUCGUGCACAAGCUAUACGUGAAGCUUGUGGUGAUACAGACAGUGUUAGUCGUCUAGUUGAAAAAAUUGUCGAUCAAUUAGUAUCACGUUGGAGUCAACUACGUGAUCCGCAAAUCAAUUGUGAAGAUUGGCCAGAGAAAGAUAUAACAGAUAUUGAGAAGUACGUUGAAUCUACAACUAAAAAAGGUCUAUUGAAUAACAUUCCAAAUAGCUCUUUAAGAAAUCAAGAGAAUUCACAGUCAGAAGCUAAACGAUCAAUAGAAAGUGGUCAUCUCACGAUUCAUAAAGCAACAAAAGUUUCGCGUUUUGACAUGCAACCUCCACCGUCGCCAACUGGUUAUCGUGCGGAAUUUGAGUCCAAAGCUGAAGAACUAUUAAACUGGUUGGAUAAUAGUGCAGAGAUUUUAGAAUUAAUCACAAUGGAUAAACGUCGUGCACUUGAAGCCAGUGGACAAACUCAAGUUUUAGGUCGACAUAUUAUAUCACCUCAUUCUGAAAAAAAUGAUGGUGUCGAUGUUGAUGAUGGUGACGAUGAUGCGAUCAGAGUGAUUGAUCGUGUAACCAAGGAACUUGAAGACUGGCGGCAUAUAAAACAACGUAUCCUACUCCUAGGAGAGCAAUAUCGCGAUGAAUUAUCACAAGCCGGCGAAAAUAUUGAAGAACUCGAUCAACUAUUUGAUGAGAUCGAAGAAAGGUGGACAUAUCUUGAUAAAUUACUCAUCGAAGCAAAUCGUCAAAUGAGAAUUUCCAAUCAAAGUGUUGAAUUUCAACAGGAGGCAGCUAAAAUACACGCAUUACUAACUCGAUCAAAAGAAGAUGAAUUAUUAAAAUUGAAAAAUGAAGAAGAUUUAAAAGAAAUUCCAGAAUCUAAAUUAUUUACUAACGAAAUGAAGUCUCAAUCCGGUAAUGAAUCAGAGAUUGAUAUUGCAAAUAUUAAUGAAAGAUUUGAAGAUAUUAAAUUACUAAUUGUUCAAGUGAAAGAUGUCAUUUCUCAACCAAUUACCAUUGGUCAUCCUGAAGAUGCUGAUGAACAACUUGCCACUUUAAAUAAAAUGGUUAAGGAUUUUGAAGCUACAAGCGAAUUUCUUGCUAAUUGGGAAAUAAAUUCAGCAAAUCAUCUGGAAUUAUCCUCAUCCUCACCAUCUUCAUCUGUCAAAUGGAAUGAAACAUUAAAAGAUUUACGUGAACAAUAUAAAACUGUUUGUGCAAAUUUAAAUACGCGAAUUGAUUUUCUACAAGAUUUAUCAGAGCAACAUGAAUUAUUUUUGAAUCAAUUUGAAGGAAUCGAAAAAUGGCUUGCAGAUAUGACAGAUUAUUUGGAUUCAGUAUCAAGAGCACACUUACCAUCAGUACCAGUUAUUCAAGCCCAACUACAGGAAAGUUGUGAAGCAUUAAAUGAUAUGAAAACAUUAAAGCCAACUUUACAAAAAGUUGACGAAGUUGCUCACAGACUUUUGGAGUACUUUAGUCCAGCUUAUGCUGAACUUACCACUAAUCGACUUCAAUCAUUACACAAUGAUUGGAAUGAAGUGAGAAAUUUAACAAAGUCAAAUCGAGAUCAUUUAAGAGCUAAACUAGCUGAAGCCAAUAGUUCAACAAUGAUAAGUAGAAAUCAAGAAUUUCCUGGUACAACAAUACUAUCAAAUUUAUCUUCAUCAGCGACAACUUUAAUUAAUACCCAUGUAACGUGUAAAAAUGAUUCAGCUGAUCGAUUAAUUACAAACAAUAAUACAAGUACAACUAAUAAUAAUAAUAACACUCCAUUAUCUACAUCAACUACUGAAUUUUCAACAACUGGUAGUUCAACAAUAUUGUCUCCAACUACAACUCCUUCUACUAUUGCCACUGUAUCAAAUGCUGUACAAGUAGAUAUUGCAAAGUUGGAGGUUUGGAUGCAUCAAUCAAAAGAACAAUUAUCACAAUUUUCCAUCAUAAAUGAUCCAAAUGAUUUGAAAAAACUGGAAAAUGUUAUCAAGGUGAUUAGUGAUAAAAUCAUUGAGAAUCGACCAAUUUUAGCUGCAAUAGAUACAUGCAGCGCUGUCAGUAUAACAGGUCAACCUAUUUUAGACACUGAAGCCUUACUAACAAAAGCUCAUUUUGCUGAUUUAGAAUCAGCUGUCGCCGCAGAACGAGAACGCUUAAUGGCGGCAAUUUAUCAUUUAGAUGAUUUUAAAACUGUAUUGAAUAGUGAAAAACGAUGGUUUGAAACUGUUAGAACAAAUAAUGAACGUGUUAAAAAUAGUAAUUAUUCAGAAAUUAGUGAAAUAACUGAUGAUUUAGAAUCCCUUGACAGAUUAUCAAGAGAACACACAAUUGAUGAUGAAGAGCGCUUAAAUAAAUUAGCUAAUGCAUUACAUGAAUCAUGCGUUAUGGGUAGUGCAGUAAUGAAAGAACUUGAAAUGUAUAAAACAGAACUAACCUUAGUUAAGGUUGAAAUUGAUUCUACAACUGCUUAUCUUCAAAGUUUACUUGAUCAAUUACGUUCAGUGGAUGAACGUGUUAUGGAAAUUGAGACUAGUUUAUUGAACAUUGAAGAUGAUUUGGAUAACUACUUUUUCAAUACACAAUCUACCGGUGACAUCAGUGUAUUAACAGAUAAAUUGCAAGCACGUAUAAAAAGUGCAAAUAAUUUAAUCAAAGAUCUAGAUGAAAUGAUUGAAUAUAAUUCGUUACAUUCAUAUACUGAUUGUUUGACCAAUCGACUAGAAAGUUAUAAAGCUCAAUUACAGGAACGUGUUGAACCAUUGAGUAAAAUCUUACCUCAACUAUCAAAUCCUUCAGUUCAUCAGUCAAAAUUAAAUAAAUUAAACAUGGAAUUAAAACAAAUUGAAAACAAACUUUGUAGGCUAGAUGUUAUAUCUGUGGAUCCAGAAGAUAUUAAAGCAGCAGUUAGUAGUGGACGAACAAUGCUUGCAACAUUGAAUGAAUUAAAAACUGAUUUAUUAAAUAUUAUGGAUAGUGAGGAAUCAUUAUAUACUAAUGAAAAAUUAAACAAUGAAUGUUUAAGCAUGUUAUCUGAAAAACAUAAUCAAUUAGUCUUACAAAUUUUAUCUGGAUUAGAACGUUUAGAUAAAGCUUUACCAUUAAUUGAAGAAUUAGAACAGCUUAUGUCACAAAUUAAUGAAAAUUUGUUAAGUGUUGAAGAAGUAACCGAUUACUUAGAAACAGCUGAUUGUCCUGUAUCAAGAAAAGAUUUGAUUCAAAAAAUUUAUCUACAGUUAACACAUUUAUGCCAAGAGAAUGGUACAGUUGCUCAAAUUAGACAAGUAGCUAAUAAAUUGAAGUUAUUGACACCAGAAGACAAACCAGAGUUAACUGCUGAAUUAUUUAAUGAAAUCGAAGACCAUUUACAUAGAGUGAUCAUGGCUAAAGAAAUAUUUCAAUCACAAAUGGAUGAAGUAGAAAAAGAUACGAAAUGUAAUGAAUUAUUAGAAAAUUCUAUAAACCAACUGAAAUUACGCAAUAUUCAUACACCUGAAUUAAUUGAUAAACUUACGGCUGAUGUCUAUUCAAAUCCAACGAUCAAGAAAUCAUCCGGUGAUUACUUAUUAUCAAUUAAUCGUUUAAUUGAUAAUCUUUUAAAAUCUGACGCACAAAUUUCACCAACAUUACAGAAUUUAGCUCGAGAAAUACGGAUACAUUUCAAUGGAAUUAUAAAUUUUAAUUGUUAUUGUUUGGGAACCAGUGGACAAUUGUCUUUAUCACAAACUGAUUCAUGUAACGACGACUAUCAGUAUUGUUCAGACAAUAUGGUUCUUGAAACUUCAAUCUCUGAAAGGAAAACUUUGUUACAGACCUACUUCAAAUUUACAGAAUCUUUAUUCGCACAACAAAGAUUAUAUCUGGAAGCACGACUAAGAGAUUUAAUUGUGACCGGUGGAAAUACUAACUCAUCUGACCGACUUGAAGAUUUGUUAAAUUUGCAGAGUUUAUGGUAUGAAACCAAUGAAAAAUUGGAUAAAAAAUUUCAUAAAGCAACUCUACUAGAAGAGCAACUUAGUACAGCGCAACAGUUAUUAAUUGAUUAUACCAAGACUCCAACAACUGAAAUUUAUAAUCAAUGUAUCAAGUUAUUAACAGAAUUAGAACAAACUUAUCAUUGGAAAUUAACUUUAGAUAAAGAACGAUUAAAAUAUAAAGAUUAUUUAGAUAUGAAUUAUAUUGAUUUAAGAAAUAAAUUUAUUACUGAUGAUUAUAUUAUAUUAAACGAUGAAUUAUUAAAUAUAUAUGAAAAACAAUUACAAUGUACAAAUCGUUUAUUAAAUUGUAUACAAAAUGAUUUGAAAUGUUGCCAUGAUGGUUUAACUUCACAACUUGGUGCAUAUAUAGAUACUUUAGAAAGUGAAUUACAAACGUGUAAUAAAUCUCUAAUGGAUUCAGCAAAAAUCCUUCAAGAGAUUAACGAUUAUAUAAAAUUGAAACGAAAAAGUCAAACAAAUCAAAUACACUCUGAAAAUUCAGAAAAUAUUAAUGUUCUUGAGCAAGAUAAUGAUGAAAUAGUUUGGUUGAAAGUUUUACUAUCAACACAAAAAAACCGCUUAGAUACCUACAAUAAUGAAUUUGAAUUGAAUAAGAAUGAUUGGCUUAAACGUUAUCAAUUAUGGCAAUCAUUUAAUGAACGAUUAAGAGAUUUAAAAAUGACAACUAACCAUUUGCUGAAAUUACAAGACGAAGACAACCAGAUAGAACUCUCAAAUAUUGAGAAUAAAAUUAAAGACACAUGUAUAGAAUUCGCCUCACUUCGACAACAUAGUUCCAAGUUAAUUAGUAUGAAUUCAACACGUGUCAAAACACCUGUUAAACAAUAUUCAUUACCGUCUAGUACUGGGAUAUCUUCAAUAAUAACAAGUUCAACAUUUACGGGAGAAUUAGACUCAAUAGCAACAAGUUCAAAGAGUUCCAAUGAUGAAAAUGAACUAACAACAGAAGAUAUUUACAAUAAUGAUAAACCACCAACAGUUCCACCUCGUCGGCAUAGUCUUUAUCGUGGACAUACUAUUCAGUCAAUAGAACAUGAUCAUGAAUUCGUAAGAUAUGAAUUGAAUAGAUUAGAAAAUGAAUUACUUAGUUUGUGUCGUAAAUAUGGAACAUUGAACUACGUAACACAACCUAUGGCUGAUAAGAAAACCUCAAAUACAACAAUUUAUCCAGAGAAAUUAGUCAGUGAAUUAAAUCCAUCACAACAAAUCACUAACAAAUCACUAUCUAAUGAGAAUAACACUGACCAAAACAAUAAGAAUAACAAACCUUUCAAUCAAGUAUUUCCAGUCAAAGAGGUUCCAGUUAAUUUCGAACACUCAUCUACAUCAACAGUAACCAACGGCAAGGAGGUAAAUGACCAAACUGUCCAAUCAGAUGAUAUAAGAACAUGUUUAACUGGAUUAAAUGAAUCUAUUGAUUGGUUUAUUCAUGAGUCUUGUUUAGUUCCAGUAAAUAUCUCUGAAUAUAUAGAUAGUGGAAAGAAAUUAGAUGAUUACUUUAUGAACGAUCGUUUCUGGUGUAUAAAAUCACAAACUAAUCAAUCUUCGAGUAGUAAUGAUACAGAUAAUAUACGAAUUGAAGUCAAUAAUAACUAUGUACAAUCGAAAUUGAAAGAACUUCAUGAACUGAUCGAUAGUUUGCCGAAAAGAAGUACCAAGAUUAAAUUAUAUCAAAAAGAAUGUGAAGCAUUAAUUAAACAGUUCCCUACAGAGGAUACUAGUCGGAUACGUGCUGACAUGGAACAAACAAUAAAACGUUGGAAUGAAUUAGAAAAAUCAAUUAAAAAAACUAAAACUCUCUAUCUUCAUGAAGCAUUACCACAAGUACAUGAUCAUUUUAAAGAACAACAAACUAAAUUAAAAGAUCGAAGAACAUCCAGUUCAGAUGGUAUACGUAAACCAACAUUAAAUGAACAAUUAGAAAUGAUAGAGAAUAAAUUUAAUCAAAUAUCUAAACUUGAAGCAGAAUUAAAUCAAUCUGGUUCAAAUAUGGAUAAUCAAUUAUUAAUUGAAAAAAGAGCACAUCUUGUUACAGAAUCACAAACACUACAAGCAGAAAUUAAUAUGAUCGCUACACAAAUAGCCAGUAGUGCAAAAUCUUCAGCACAAGCAUUAAAUGUUUUGCCUAAUCAAGAAUUUUUCAGACGUUUACGUCAGUUAAGAGAUAAAAUUGCCAAUUUACGACGAACGAUGCAGUUGAAUUCUAACCAGUCACAUUUAUAUUUAACGAAAUUAAAAAAAUUAAAUGAUUGGUUAUCACAUAGAGAUGCUGCAUUUCAUGAAAUUCUUGUACCGAUUCAAGGAGAUAUGGGUAAUGUAAUCAGCUUGAGAGAAAAGUUAUUGGGUUUAUUUCAAGAACUUAAUACAAAUCGCUUACAAAUUGAAGAAAUUUUAUGCCAUCAUAAUACACAACAUGAUAAUGUAAAUCAAAAUAAAUUAAAUGUUUCAAAUGAACGUGAAACAGAAAUCGAUUCCGAUUUAUCCGAUUCAGGAUGUAAAAAUAAUAUAGAAGAUAGUAAUUUACGAACUAAUCGUCGUAUAACACGUCAUUUAUAUCAUUUAAAGAAAAAAUGGUUAAAUUUAAACAAUAAUAUGUUAGAUUUUAAAUGUCAGCUUGAUGGUAUAUGGGAGCGUCUAUCCAAUUUUAAUUCAUUGUUAAAUGAUGCUGUAGCUCAAGUGAAAAGUGCUGAAUCUGUAACAUUGAAAUGGAUCCCUAUAGAGUUUUUACCAAGUGAACAUAUAAAAACUGAAUUAGAUCAAACAAAGUCUUUUUAUGAAGCAUGUGAACCAUUGGCUCAUUCACUGGACAGCUUAGAACGACAAGUACUUCAAUUACAAGAAAUACAAGUACAAAUCGAACCAAAACUACGUGUACAGUUAAAUUGUAUCAGAAAUGAGUUUGAAAGAAUACGUGUUAUUACACAAACUCGAAUUCAUCAACUUAAUCAAAGUUUAUCAGCACUACAAAUGAUGCCACAAAGACCGAAAUAUCAAACUGUUACACGUAAUUCUUCUCAACGUACUCAAGGAUCACGUCAUGAAGCUAUAGAACCAGUUGAUCAAACUAUCCCAGCGACUUCAGGACAAUUAAAAAAUGUUCCAUUACACGAUUCUGUUCGUUUACCGUGGGAAAGAUGUGUUCAUCCAUCUGGUACACAAGUUCCAUAUUAUAAAAAUCAUGAAACGCAAGAAACUCAGUGGGAUCAUCCAAUUUUAUGUGAUCUGAUGAAAUCUAUGAAACAAUUUAAUACUGUUCGUUUUUCUGAUUAUCGAACUGGUUUAAAACUACGUCGUUUACAAAAAGAAUUAUGUUUUGAUUCGAUAAGUAUCUCAAUUGUUGCCGAGAGUUUAAAACAUAUUGGCCAUUCACAGACAUUAAGUAAUCCUAUACUUGGUCAACAAACAACUGAUCCAUUUGAUCGUAUGAUAACAGUACCUCAAAUUAUUGAUUAUUUGCUACAAUUGUUUAAUCAUACAAGAACUUUAUACGGAUUAAAUAAUCAUAAUCAAAAAUCUACAACUGAUAGUUCUUAUGGACAUAAUUCUGGAGUUGAUGUAGAUAGUUUGAAAGUAAAUGAAUCAUGUUUAAAUAAUAUUCAUGGUUCUAAUUCCAACUUAAAGGAUCAUAUUAAUGAACCCUAUUCAACACUGCCAGGUUCACGACCUUCCGAUUGUGAAUUAAAAUCAAGCACAAUUGAAUCACAAAAUCAUUCAAGAAAUUGUAUGGGAAGUUUUCUGCGUUCAUCUUCAACAACACGUCCAAAUAAAUCAAUAUUAUUUUCUUCACCAUCAACUGAACCUGAAAACAGUAGAAAAUUGACUAAAACUCCUGUUCGUGAUCCAGGCUGUCAUACAAUAGAAAAUGAAAAUACAUUAAGUGAGGAUAAUCGAAGUUCUAGUCUACCUGUGUGCACAAUUAUGCAAGUUAACAAUUAUAAUAACAAUAAAGAUAUGAAUAGUAUUAAUCGUGGUCGACGAAAUACAAUGAGACGUAGAAAGCAUUAUUUAAUUGGUUCAAUUAAACGUCCAGUGAAUGUAUGCGUUGAUCUUAUAUUGAAUUGGUUAUUAAAUGUUUAUGACCGAAUGCGAUGUGGUACCAUUCGUGUUCUAUCAUUCAAAGUAGCAUUGGCUUUAAUGUCAAUGGCAAAUUUAGACGAGAAAUAUCGAUAUCUAUUCAGUUUGAUAUCUGAUCGUGAUGGUUGCGUAGAUGAGCAACGACUAGGUGCUCUACUGUAUGAAUGUGUACUUAUUCCACGUAAUCUUGGUGAAACUGGACAGUUUGGAAAUGAAGAUUUUAAUCAAUAUGUAAAAACGUGUUUCCAACAAGUCCUUGAAAUUUCAAAGCAUUCGGAUAAAAUAGAUGGAACUUUAACAUAUCAUUCUAAACCUACUGCAAGGAUUGUUCAUUUCUUGACAUGGCUUCGUUUAAAUCCACAAAUGUUGACGUGGUUACCAUUAUUACAUCGUCUUGCUUUAUCUGAGCAAGUAAUUCAUCACAUACGUUGUAGUGUAUGCCAUAAUCAACCUCUUAUUGGGCUUCGAUAUCGUUGUCUACGUUGUCUAAAUUUUGACAUGUGUCAGCAAUGCUUUUUCGCUGGAAGAACAUCUCGAAAUCAUAAGCUUACGCAUCCAAUGCAAGAGUAUUGUAGUCAUUCUACAUCUACAGAUUCAUUUAAAGAUUUUACACGAAUUGUAAGAAAUCGUUUUCGAUCCAGAGAUCGUUUAAAUGAUGAAAAUGAACGUCGUAAAAUUAAUAAUACAAAUGGUCAAAAAGUCAGACGAUCCAGUACAAGUCGUACAAGAUGUAAACGUAAUAGUUUGAAUAGUUUUGAUGAAGAUAAACCUCGUCCAGCACCAACUUACAGUCAAGAUCCAUUCUCUGAUUUUGCAGAAUAUCAAAAUUUAGACACUCCGUUUGUUAAUGAUCAGAAAUGCCCAUAUCGAAAUUCGAUCUCGAAUACACAAUCAGCUCAACAUUAUUUUCUGAACGAGACAAGUAAUAAUUACAACAACAACAAUAAUAAUAAUCAACAUCCUAUUCCAAGUUGUAGACCAUUAUCAAAUGUAGCUAUGCCUUCAAAUCAAUAUUCAAUGCCACCGCGUGCAUCUUCUGAUACUCAAUCAUCAAUAUUUAAAUUGUCUACAACGAAUACCAAAUAUUUUACCACUUACACAACUAAUAAAUUACAUGAUCUAACCUAA